ACAGUCCUCAUAUGGAAAUUACUUUGUUUCACCUAUAUCCUCGCCUUAGUGCGCCCCGUGCCCGAGAAGAUUCCAAUUGGUGCUAUUUUCACUCCAGGCUCUGAGGAAAUGCAAACUGCCUUUAAUUACGCAAUAUCCUUUCAUAACAACAAUGACUCUCAAGCUAGAUUUAAAGUGGAGCCUGUUGUUGAAGUCUUAGAUAGCGAUGAUUCUUAUAAAAUCGGACAAACAUUGUGCUCUCAGAUGGAGCGAGGUAUCUUCGCCCUCAUCGCCCCAACCAGCGACCCCUCCUACGACACCUUUGCUGCCUAUUCCAAUAUGUUCCAGAUGCCCCUCGUCAGCCCCGCUUUUCCCCAGCAGACAAGCUCCGACAGACCGUCAUACAUGGGGGUCAGCCUUAGGCCCAAGUACCUGCGAGCGAUUGUCGAUGUCAUCAAUUACUAUAAAUGGAAAACGAUAAUUUACCUCUACGACUCCGAUAAUGGGCUACUAAAGCUUCAACAAAUAUUCCACCUUACUUCAGACAAAUACAAACUUGAAAUGCGAGUAGUUAGGAGAAUCAGCAAUGCUACAGAUGCUAGUGAUUUUUUAAGAAGACUGGAGGAGCAAGAUAGAAGAAAUAUGAAAUAUGUGAUACUGGAUUGUGAUCCUGAAACUGCAAAAGCAGUAGUAGAUCACCAUAUUAGAGACACAUAUAUGAACCGAAGAAAUUAUCAUUUUCUCGUAACUAGUUUGAUAAUUGAAGAUGACUGGAACGCUGCUUUACUUCCACACGGAGCUGUCAAUGCCACUGGAUUCCAAAUGCUGCAAGAAACCAGACCCGAAGUUCGGGAAUUCUUAACCGCGUGGAAGUCCCUAGAUCCUUACAGAUGGCCUGGAGGAGGAUCUCAACACAUUACGACGGAAGUUGCUUUGAUGUACGAUGCCACAAAAGUUAUGUUGGAGACUUUUAACCGCCUGUUAAAGAAAAAGCCUGAUCUCUUUCGCAACAAUUUCCGAAGAGGAGAAGUUUAUAAUAAUGGAACAAAAGGUAUAAACUGUCAGCAAUCACCUGUCAUGCCAUGGGAACAUGGAGAUAGAAUAACGAGGUUUUUGAAAAGUGUAGAUUUAACUGGACUCACAGGCAACAUCACUUUUGAUGAGGUUGGAUGGAGAAAAAAUUUUACCGUGAACGUUGUCGAAAUGUCGAUGAAUAGCGAAAUGGUCAAAGUUGCUCAAUGGUCUGAUCAUGAAGGACUUCAGCUAAUACCACCCAGCUACCGCAGAAUACCUCAGAAUACUGGAUUUGAAAACAAAACAUACAUUGUAACAAGUAUCUUGGAAGAACCAUACUUAAUGUUUAAAAAUGCUGAAGGUGGCCAGAUAUUGGAAGGAAAUGACAUGUUCGAAGGUUAUUGCAAAGAUCUGGCUGAUUUAAUUGCCGACAACUUAAAGAUAAGUUUUAUCAUCAAAUUAGUGAAUGACUCAGCUUAUGGUGGAAAGGAUCCUACUUCAUCAGUUGGCUGGAAUGGAAUGGUCGGCGAACUUAUUCGCAAGGAUGCUGAUAUGGCUAUCGCCCCUCUGACCAUAACAUCAGCGCGAGAAAAUGUAAUUGAUUUCACCAAACCUUUUAUGUCCAUGGGAAUAAGUAUUAUGAUCAAGAAACCAAUGAACCGACUUCCAGGUGUCUUUUCUUUCAUGAAUCCCUUAUCCGAAGAGAUCUGGAUGUGUAUCAUCUUUGCUUAUGUUGGAGUUUCAGUAGUCCUGUUCCUUGUUAGUCGUUUCUCACCCCACGAAUGGAGAUACGAAGACAAUUUUAUGGGACCAUCAGCAUCGAACGAUUUCUCAUUACAUAACAGUCUUUGGUUUUCUUUAGGCGCCUUCAUGCAACAGGGUUGUGACAUUUGCCCCAGGUCUAUAGCUGGUCGUAUUGUGGGUAGUGUCUGGUGGUUUUUCACACUCAUUAUCAUUUCAUCUUACACAGCCAAUUUAGCAGCUUUUCUGACAGUUGAAAGAAUGGUAACGCCGAUCAACUCGGCUGAUGAUCUUGCUAAACAAACUGAAGUCGAGUAUGGGACCUUAAUGCAUUCAUCAACACAAGAAUUUUUCCGACUUCAAAGUGGCAAGAUCCCCGUUUAUGCACGCAUGUGGGAGUUUAUGAAUUCCAGAAAACAUGUGUUUGUGCGAACGUACGAAGAAGGUAUCCAGAGGGUACGUGAGUCCAAAGGAAAGUAUGCUUUCCUGAUGGAAUCGACGAAGAAUGAGUACAUAAAUGAGCGCAAGCCUUGCGACACAAUGAAAGUUGGAAGGAAUUUGGACGCCAAAGGGUAUGGCGUCGCAACACCAGUGGGAUCAAAUCUCAGGGAUCGACUGAAUCUCGCAGUCCUAACGAUGUUAGAAAAUGGUGAUUUAGCUCGUUUAGAAAACAAAUGGUGGUAUGACAGAAGUGAAUGCAAAAAUGGGGAGUCAAAGGAGUCCUCUCAAAAUGAGUUAACACUUAGCAACGUAGCUGGUUGCUUUUACAUUUUGAUUGGCGGAUGUGGAUUGGCUUUAAUGGUUUCCUUCUUAGAGUUUUGCUACAAGUCCAAAAUGGAAGCUACAAGAUCCAAAAUGACCCUCUGUGAGGCCAUGAUGAAUAAACUGCACACUUCUGUAACGGGACAGUCUCAAGUGAACCACGCCAGGUUUUAUCAACCUGCUACGCAGAUGAUAACAGCUGAAGGGUUAUCGGACCAAGCCAACUCCAACACUCAUACCCAAGUGUGAAUUCACUUGAUUCUGCAACUUUACCAGCAUGAGCUAAACACGACUACAAAUCAACUUGCAACAACCACUCUUGCAAGCAAAGAAGAAGACUGCUAAGUAGAGUGAUCAAACUGCGAGCGCAAAAGGCUAAGCAAGUUGGUAAAUGCAAUACCAGAGCUCAAAAGUGAUGCCACAUAAUGUAGGAAUAAACUAUUUUGUUAUCUGAACUUGCAAAAAAAUGUUUUGGAUACAUAAUACUGUUUCAAAAACCAAGUUAUAUUGUCUCAAAUGAAAUUAAUAGGCUUGAUAUGCUGCGUACUUUUGUGAUACUUCAAAUGAGUUUUUACCGCAUAGUUGAAUAAGUGUACAAAUGAGUAGAAAUCAUAGCUGAAUUUUUCUGCUGACUAUUUUAAGAACAUUUAAAAGAAACCAAAAAAUGUUCAUUUUACCUUGCACUGAAAUAAUUUAAUAUUCUUAACCGAAUUUUGCUUUUGAGCUGUUUAUAAAUG